GCCAUAGCUAGGUAGUUCACUAGUGAACAUUGUGAAUUGUGAAGUUUAAUUAAUAAUAACGUAUAUAUACUAUAUAGUUCUUUGUUUUUCUAUUUAUCUUCAUGUCAACAAGAGGUAGAGAUUCUUUAGAACUUGGUGGAGUGAUAAGUGAUGUGUUGGAUCCAUUCACAAGGUCAAUUAGCCUAAGUGUUGUUUAUCAAAAUAGGGAAGUUAUCAAUGGUACUAAUUUGAGGCCUUCUCAAAUUACAAAUCAACCUAGAGUUGAGAUUGGAGGGACAGAUCUUACCACUUUUUAUACUUUGAUUAUGGUGGAUCCUGAUGCUCCAAGUCCGAGCAACCCAAAUUUGAGGGAGUACCUACAUUG